AUGCUUAAAAAUUACAACGAAGACCGUACGCAUAUUAUAGACAAUAAGAUGGCCGAGCUGCAAACCGUCAACGAAGAUUUGCGCAAUGAACGGACGAAGUGCACCUUCAACCAGGAGGAGCUGACGAAUUUCAUUGACGGCGGCGCGGAGAAUACCGACAUGAGACGAAAUAUCGCGAAUUUUUUCUUCAGCGAACCACGAUUUAAGGACGAAGUGCCUGUGGAGUACCUAAGCCACCAAGAACAUUACGAACAGUCAAUUAGGAAAGCUUGCAUUUUUUACGAGAAGAUGAAAGAAUGGGAGGAGAUUUCAAAUAGCAACACGAUGGAAAUUUACACUGUGAUAUGGACUAGUGGAAUAGAUACAGCUAUAUUAAAACAAAGUAUACCUUUUGCCGUUCAUACUAUUAUGUUUUUGCCAUCUCUAAUUAGUCAAGGCACUCAGGAACAGAAAGAAGAAUGGGUUGAACGUGCAUUUAAAUAUACAAUUUUGGGUACUUAUGCUCAGACUGAACUUGGACAUGGAACUUUUAUUCGGGGGUUAGAAACAACGUGCACUUACGAUGCGGAUAACGAAGAGUUUAUUUUAAAUAGCCCGACAUUGACAUCGUACAAAUGGUGGCCCGGCGGACUUGGACACAGUUGUAACUACGCAAUUGUUCUCGCUCAACUUUACACUCAAGGUAUAAAUCGUGGGAUACACCCAUUCAUUGUUCAAUUAAGGGAUUCAGAAACAUGGAUGCCCAUGCCUGGAAUCAAAAUUGGUGAAAUCGGCAGUAAAAUGGGAAUGAACUCUGCGAACAAUGGAUACUUGGCUUUUAAUAACGUUAAACUACCUCGAAUGAACAUGUUGAUGAAAAAUUCUAAAGUUCAUAAGGAUGGAACUUAUGAAAAAUCACCUCAUGAAAAAUUAACAUACGGCACAAUGAUUCUUGUAAGGGUAUUAAUUGUUAAAAGUCUAGUAACUAGCUAUUUAAUGAAAUCAGCAACAAUUGCUAUAAGAUAUAGCGCGAUUCGCCGGCAAUCGGAACUGAGACCCGGUGAACGAGAACCUCAAAUUUUAGAUUACCAAACACAACAGCACAAGUUGUUCCCAGUUAUCGCCUCAAGUUUAGUGUACAAAUUUGCAGCAAAAUGGUUAUGGGAUAAAUACUCUGCAGUAACAUCGCAAUUAGAACGAGGUGAUUUAGAUCAAUUGCCGGAGUUACAUGCCAUGGCAUGUUGUCUGAAAGCUGUUGGCACGGCUGACGCGUCUGUCAGCGUGACGUCUUGUCGUUUGGCUUGUGGUGGUCACGGAUACAUGAACUGCAGCAAUCUGCCGAACAUCUAUUCACUAUCUACUGCUACGGAAAUCUACGAAGGCGAAAACACAAUACUUCUUUUGCAAACGGCGAGAUUUUUGAUGAAAUCGUACGAAACCGUGCAACUGGGAAACUUUGUGUCUACGUCGGAAACCCUGUCGUACUUGAAAAUAUACAACAGCUUAAAACGAUCGCCAUGGACGACGACGUUAGAUUGUAUGGCCAGCGCGUUUUUUCAAGUUGCCGGAAGUAAAAUCGACGACUGUUACUUCACCAUAAAACGACUGAUGGAUUCUGGAAUGGCUCAAGAAGAUGCUUGGAAUCAAACAUCCAUUAAACUUACUCAAGCAUCUGAAGCGCAUUGCAGAGCGUUUGUGAUUAGCAUAUACGUAAAAACACUUGAAACGAAUCAAUUUUCGCCAGAGCUGAUGGCCGUUCUUACUCAACUCGGAGAGCUAAUUUGUGCGCAGUGGAUAUUAAAUAGACUCGGUGAUUUUCUACAGCACACCAAUCUAAAACCGAACGAUGUACAUUCAAUACAACUUUUAUUAGAAGACUGUUUAAAACGUAUUAGACCCAACGCAGUCGGUCUAGUAGACAGUUUUGAUAUUCAGGACGAAAUAUUGGACUCUGCGUUAGGAUCCUACGACGGAAACGUAUACGAACGGCUUUUGUCGGAAGCCAAUAAAAGCCCUCUGAACAAAGAACCAGUGAACCGCUCGUUCGAGCUGUACUUGAAACCGUUUUUAAAAUCCAACAUGUAA